AGAAUGUCCUCGGGGCAGUGGACAUAACUCGAAAUAACUUGACUGUGUGUGUGAGUGUUGGCUGGCUAGCUGGGGGUGUCAGAUCAGAGGACAGACAGUGUUUUAUAUUUAGCUGCAGCGGCAGCAGCACCUCAGCCCUGCUAGAGAGCUCUACAACCCAACUGUCUAUGUGUGCUGUUCAAGUACCUCUGGGAAGUAUAAGCUGUUUUGAAGAGCGUGUGUGAGUGUGUGUGUUGUAGAAGGACAGAGCCUGAGGAGAUGCACAUACCCCGUCCAGACCAGCGUGUGAGUAUUUGUGGGAACAAGCGGUGCAGCGUCUGACGGAACCGGAGAGGAGAGGUCUGGAUCGACAGAUUCACACGCUCCACCGGGCACUAGGCAGCGGACAGCCGGUUUGCUGACUUUCUGAUUGUUGACACAUUUUCUCAGAGCCAUCAUAUAACUCUCUUUCUCUCUCUCUCGCUCGCUCACUACUCCCCCCCUCGUCUCUGUGUGAUAGUGUUGAACUAGCCUGAUCUGGUCUGGUUGGUAACACAGUAAGGUAAUGAUGUGUGAGGUGCAGUCAGUGGACAGACUCAGACCCACACGACUCCCCAGGCAACAGAUGCACUGAGACACUAGCUCAGCUCCAAUCCUCAGGAGGAGAGGAAAACCAAGGAAGAGCGAGACGAACUCCGCUUUCACCCCUGGGGCCAUGGACACGGCUGGUCAGAGUGCGCCGGCGACCGAGGCAGGGGGAGAGGGUCGAGGAGGAGGGGGGGAGAGUCGCGAGGGAGUGUUUGUAGGGUCUGUGGACCGGGAGAAUGUGUCCAGCCCAAGCCCCUCCACCAAGCAGCGGUCCCUGAGGGCAGUCUAUGUGCUGAACGAUGGGCUGAAGGCAGUGCUGGCGACCAGCCCCGAGUCGGGGGCACUCCAGUGUCUGCAGAGAGCCUGUGAUGCAGAGAGCGCUCUGCUGACCACCGUCACCUUCGGACGACUGGACUUUGGAGAGACCUCGGUGCUGGACACCUUCUAUGAUGCAGACAUAGCGGUAGUUGAUAUGAGUGAUGUGUUCCGGCAGCCGUCGUUGUUUUACCAUCUGGGUGUCAGAGAGAGCUUCGACAUGGCCAACAAUGUCAUCCUGUACCAUGACACUGACCCCGACACCGCUUUGUCACUGAAGGACAUGGUGGCACAGAAAAACACUGCGUCUAGAACACAGACAUUAGGGUUCCCCUGGGUUCAGCUCCCUCCAGAGUACAGAGGCUCUGGAUUACGCAACAAAGCGUCCAGUGGUAACUACUACUUCAUCCCCUAUGUGCUGACUCCUAACCAUGAGUAUAUGUGUUGUGAGAGCGAUGCCCAGAGGAGGGCCAGUGAAUACAUGCAGCCCAGCUGGGACAGCCUGCUGAGUCCUCUCUGUCUGCCACUCACCGACCGCUUCACCUCACUGCUCAAGGACAUCCACGUCACCUCCUGUGCCUCAUUUAAGGACACUCUGCUGAAUGACAUCAGGAAGGCCCGUGAUAAGUACCAGGGGGAGGAGCUAGCCAAGGAGCUGUCUCGUAUCAAACUCCGCAUCGACAACACAGAGGUCCUAACACAGGACAUCGUCAUGAACCUGCUGUUCUCAUACAGAGACAUACAGGACUAUGAUGCCAUGGUGAAACUGGUCCAGACUCUGGAGAUGCUGCCUACCUGUGACCUGGCCACACAGCCCAUGAUACAGUUCCACUACGCUUUCGCUCUCAACAGGAGGAACAGCCCGGGGGACAGAGAGCAGGCUCUAGGUGUGAUGUUACAGGUGUUACGGUCAUGUGACCACCCGGCUCCAGACAUGUUCUGCCUGUGUGGACGGAUCUACAAGGACAUCUUUCUCGACUCUGACUGUAAAGACACCAAGAACAGAGACAACGCCAUCCAGUGGUAUAGGAAAGGUUUUGAGCUCCAGCCAACUCUCUACUCUGGUAUCAAUCUGGCUAUUCUGCUCAUUGUUGCUGGACAACAGUUUGAGAGUUCCAUCGAGCUGAGGAAGAUAGGUGUAAGGUUAAACAGUCUCCUGGGUCGUAAGGGCUCGUUAGAGAAGAUGAAUAACUACUGGGAUGUCGGUCAGUUCUUCACCGUUAGCAUGUUGGCUAACGACAUCCCUAAAGCUACGCAGGCCGCAGAGAAACUCUUCAAACUCAAACCACCCAUCUGGUACUUGCGAUCUGUGGUUCAGAACCUGCAGUUGAUCCAGAGAUUUAAGAAGACAACAGUAGAACACUCUCCCCAGAGAGAGAGGCUCAACUUCUGGAUGGACAUCAUCGUAGAGGCCACUAGAGGAAAAAGCAACGGACUGCGCUUCCCGGUGUUGAUCCUAGAGCCUACUAAGGUCUACCAGCCCUCAUAUGUUUCCAUCAACAGCGAGGCGGAGGAGAAGAACGUCUCCAUCUGGCACGUCUCCCCUGCUGAAACGAAAGGGAUCCAUGAGUGGAACUUCACUGCAACAUCCAUCAAAGGAAUCAGUAUCUCUAAGUUUGAUGAGCGCUGUUGUUUCCUGUAUGUUCACGACAACUCAGACGACUUCCAGAUCUACUUCUCUACUGAAGACCAGUGUGGCCGGUUCUGUUCCAUGGUGAAGGAGAUGAUUUCUGAUGGAACAGGAAAUGCAGUGGAGCUGGAGGGAGAUGGAGACGGAGACACACUGGAGUACGAGUAUGACAUUAACGAGAAGGCGGACCGUGUGGUGCUGGGCCGGGGGACCUAUGGAGUGGUGUACGCUGGGAGAGACAUGAGCAACCAGGUCCGCAUCGCCAUUAAAGAGAUACCAGAGAGAGACAGCAGGUACUCCCAACCCCUUCAUGAGGAGAUAGCGCUGCAUAAGUACCUGAAGCACAGGAACAUUGUUCAGUACCUGGGCUCAGUCUCAGAGGACGGAUACAUCAAGAUCUUCAUGGAGCAAGUCCCUGGAGGCAGCCUGUCAGCGUUGCUGCGGUCAAAGUGGGGUCCGUUGAAGGAGGCAACCAUCAUCUUCUACACACGACAGAUCCUGGAGGGACUCCGCUAUCUCCACGAGAACCAGAUAGUACACCGUGACAUCAAGGGGGAUAAUGUAUUAGUUAAUACCUACAGUGGAGUUCUGAAGAUAUCAGACUUUGGGACGUCUAAAAGGCUUGCGGGGGUCAACCCCUGCACCGAGACCUUCACUGGCACCCUGCAGUACAUGGCUCCAGAGAUCAUAGACAAGGGUCCUCGGGGUUACGGAGCUCCAGCUGACAUCUGGUCUCUGGGCUGCACCAUCAUAGAGAUGGCUACUGGGAAACCCCCCUUCCACGAGCUGGGAGAGCCUCAGGCUGCUAUGUUUAAGGUGGGGAUGUUUAAGAUCCACCCAGAGAUCCCAGAGUCGUUGUCGUUGGAGGCCAAGUCGUUUAUCCUGCGUUGUUUUGAGCCUGACCCUAAUAAGAGGGCUACCGCCUCAGACCUGCUCAAAGAUAUCUUCGUACGACACAAUGUCAAGGGAAAGAAGAGCAAGAUCGCCUUCAAGCCAUCAGUGUGGCAAGACUACAUCCGCAGUGUUUCGCUGCCGGUGCAGUUACAGUGUGAGGCCACCGGGAGCAGCAGCAGCGAACCCGGCUCAGUGAGUCCAGACUGCGACUCCAAACAGGAUGUCUUCUUUCAGAAGAACAAACGAUCAGGGUCAGAGAACCUGCUCAAACCACCUAGCAACAACUACCUAAGUGUACCGGAUGAGGGGUCAGUGUCAGAGGACCGUAGCUCUCCUGCGUCUCUAGAAGACAGAGAUGGGGGGCUCUUCCUGCUGAAGAAGGACAGCGAGAGGAGAGCCAUCCUCUACAAGGUCCUGAACGAGGACCAGGACAAAGUCAUCUCCAACCUCCUGGAGAACCACAUACAGGGCAGUGAGGAGCUGCAGCUCUCUGUGGACCACAUUAAACAGAUCAUCUGUAUCCUGAGAGAUUUCAUCCACUCCCCGGAGCGACGCGUCAUGGCAACAACCAUCUCCAAACUCAAACUGGACCUAGACUUCGACUCCACAUCCAUCAACCAGAUACAACUGGUUCUUUUUGGCUUCCAGGAUUCAGUGAACAAGGUCCUGAGGAACCAUCAUAUUAAACCUCACUGGAUGUUUGCUAUGGACAACAUCAUCAGACGAGCAGUACAGGCUGCAGUCACCAUCCUCAUACCAGAGCUCCAGACCCACUUCGGCCCGGCCUCGGAGAGCGAGGGACCAGAUAAGGAGGAGGAGGAAGAGGAGGAGGAGGCAGAGUUUGGCCCUGUAUUGGUCACGCCUCCAGACGACCCUGCUGUGACCCCCGAACCCGUGGUGACCUCAGCAGUCAGCACGCUCAGCUCCACCCUCUCCUCCCCGCCUCCGCCUCCGCGCUCACAGCCUCUCGGAGCCCAGUUGGGCCGGCUCAAACAGGAGACCAACCGGUUGUUGGAGGAACUGCUGCACAGGGAGAGAGAGUACCAGCAGGUCCUGAAGACAACACUACAGCAAAGACAACAUGACCUAGAGCUGGUCAGGGUCAGAUACAGACCCCCAGACGUUCCUCCUCCCUCUAUCUUCCAAGUCCCAGUUGACCACGAGCCUGAUAAGCAGCUCACUGAUUGGCUGAAAGACCAGAGUGCGGAUGCAGACACCAUAGACAAGUUUGUAAUGGAGGAGUACACGCUGAGCGAUGUCCUUAAUGAUGUCACUAAGGAGGACCUGCGCUACCUACGCCUACGGGGUGGGGUGCUGUGUCGUAUAUGGCGGGGUAUCCAGAGGCACAGAGAGCGAGAGAGGCUGACAAGGGAUGACUCCAAAGAUGACGGAUGAUGGGAUACAUGAACUACGACUGCCUUAACACUCACACACAGAGAAAUAGAAUGAAUAGAACGGGCGUCCCCAUUCAAGUCAAUGAUGGCAUAUUGGUUGGGCAGGCAGCCAUUGCAAGUGUACCCAUAGGGGCAAAGCAGGAAGUGAAAGCUGGAAGUGUACCCAUCAAUCUGUGUUGUGAUUUGUUGAAUCAACUCAACUGACAUUACAAAAAAAUACAUUCCAUGAGCCACAUCAGUUAGCAUAAUUUGAAUGAACAUUCUAUAUAACCAUGGGAAUUAUUGCAACACAAUACCAGGUAGCCAUUGCGAGUGUACCCAUUAUUACCAGUCAAAUUGCCAGGGUUAGAGGUUGCAAACCCUUUCUAUUUGUUCUAUUUCUAUGCAUGCACACAUGCACACACAGACCAAACUGUUGUGUGUAUGUGUUUGAUUGAGUGUGUGAUUGAUUGAGUG